GGGGAAUAACUAGCCUGUAUCAACCCUGUGAGGGCACCAGGGGGUAUAAUCAACAGAGACACCUAGAGAGGGCAUCGGGGGGAGGGACAGUCACCAUAACCACCGUGUGAGGCCCCAAGGGAGGGGGGGAUGACCACACACAGGCUGUGAGGGCACAGGAUCCUAACUGCCUGCUGUGUGAGGCAGCUCAGGGGGACACAGAGUCUGGAUCCUAUGUGAUAGCUGUGUGAGGCAGCUCAGGGGGACACAGAGUCUGGAUCCUAUGUGAUAGCUGUGUGAGGCAGCUCAGGGGGACACAGAGUCUGGAUCCUAUGUGAUAGCUGUGUGAGGCAGCUCAGGGGGACACAGAGUCUGGAUCCUAUGUGAUAGCUGUGUGAGGCAGCUCAGGGGGACACAGAGUCUGGAUCCUAUGUGAUAGCUGUGUGAGGCAGCUCAGGGGGACACAGAGUCUGGAUCCUAUGUGAUAGCUGUGUGAGGCAGCUCAGGGGGACACAGAGUCUGGAUCCUAUGUGAUAGCUGUGUGAGGCAGCUCAGGGGGAUACAGUCUGAGUCCUAUGUGAUAGCUGUGUGAGGCAGCUCAGGGGGACACAAAGUCUGGAUCCCAUGUGAUAGCUGUGUGAGGCAGCUCAGGGGGACACAGUCUGCAUCCUGUGUGAGGCAGCUCCACCUGUAACUGCUGUUUUAAGGGAGAGGGAAUUAAAUAAAAGCUCUGAAGCUGCUAAGUGAGAGGCUGCUCAAGGGGAUUAAUAUAAGGGAUCUUCCUGUUAUUGUUGUGUGAAGCUGCUCAGGAGGUUUUAAAACCAGCUCCAUCCUGUCAAUAAAUACUGAGUGAGGCUGCUCAAGGGGUUAAGAUCAGGUCUUCCACUUCAUGAAGCUGCUCAAUGUACUUAAACCUGGCCACCCCCUCUAUAACUGAUGUUUAAAACUACUCUGGAUAAGCACUCAUUUCCUAUGCUGAUUCUGUGAGUUACUUAUUUGGGGUUGGACAACAGACUUCAAUUGAGGGUGCUUAAAGGAGGCUCAUUGAGACCCUUUGAGGCUGAUCAAGGGGACAUAUAAUCUACCCCCAAUAUUACCUCGGUAGGAUGCUGUUUAGGAAGUUUGGGAAUCAGAGUGGAUUUGGCAGUCAUGGACCCCAUCACUGGUGAACCUGCGGCUGAUUAGCUCAACAAUAUUACCUUAUUUUUGGGGUGCUGUAGGUCCGUUAAGGAACCGAUUUUAGGGUUGUAUCAUCGAUGAAUGCGAGAAGGCUGCCGCCGGAUUAGAUCUGUGUGUCCAGAUUGGUUUGUGGGAAGUCUGGAAUUUACUACAUGGUCUAAUUUUUAAACUGAUCUUUCGUACUGCUGAACACGGGAGGUUUCAGCUCUUGAUGGCAUUAGAAUUGUGUUAUAAAUGUGUAGAAGAACAUUUUAAGUGUUAUGAGUGCAAUUAUUCUAAAUGUUUUGGAGUUGGAUUGUGGCAGUUGAUAUCAAUAAGCAUUUAGUGAUAAUAUUACUAAAUACUGGUAGCCUGGAUUGAAGGAUUAUCUGAGGUUUUGUUGGAUUUGUGGAGUGCACAUUUUGGAUUUCGGCAAAUACCUGAGCAUAUUUGUAUUCCAGUACUAUUUAACCUUCUGAUGGUGGGGUGAUUGGAUGUUAAAUGUAAUGUGCAAAUAGCAUAGAAAGUGCUUUCCAUAUCCUAUCUAGAUACCUAAAGUGGGAAAUAACCCUGUGAUAUAAAAUAAGGGUCCCCUCUAGGCAAAGGGGUCCCAUAACAACUGUGAAAUUGGGGGUGACACCGAGCAUCCCGAGGUUUGGAGGGGUUACUCCUGGAGGCCCCGGAAUGAAAGGGAAGGAGGAGGGUGGUAGUGGGGGACGCCCCUCGGUGGUGAGUGGGAGUACAGGAGGGAUUGGAGGAAGCCCAGAGAAAAGUGUUAGUGCCCAGGAGCUUAAGGAGCAAGGCAAUCGUCUGUUUGUGGCUCGCAAAUAUCAGGAGGCGGUGUCCUGUUAUAGCAAAGCAAUAACCCGGAACCCCUCCAUUGCGGUCUACUAUACAAACCGAGCUCUAUGCUACCUGAAAAUGCAGCAGCUGGAUAAGGCCCUGGCAGACUGCAAACAUGCGCUGGAGUUGGAUUGCCAGUCUGUGAAGGCUCACUUCUUCUUGGGGCAGUGCCAGAUGGAACUGGAGAAUUACGACGAGGCCAUCGGCAAUCUGCAGAGAGCAUAUAACUUGGCCAAAGAGCAACGGCUAAAUUUUGGGGAUGAUAUCCCCAGCGCACUGAGGAUUGCCAAAAAGAAACGUUGGAACAAUAUAGAGGAAAGAAGAAUCAACCAGGAAAAUGAGCUGCACUCUUAUCUCACCAAACUCAUCCUGGCUGAGAAGGAGAGAGAACUAGAAGAAACCAAGAGGAAGCAGGAUGAGGAGAAUGUGGAUGAUAAUAGAAGCAGAACCCAGUUAUCCAGCGUGGCUUCCAAACAUGACAAGUAUCUAGCUGAGAUGGACGAGCUCUUCUCCCAGGUAGAUGAGAAACGAAAGAAAAGAGACAUCCCUGAUUAUUUAUGUGGUAAAAUCAGCUUUGAGUUGAUGCGAGAGCCUUGUAUAACACCAAGUGGGAUAACCUAUGAUCGGAAGGAUAUCGAGGAACAUCUCCAGAGAGUUGGUCACUUUGAUCCUGUCACCAGGAGCCCUUUGACACAAGAUCAACUGAUCCCAAACCUGGCCAUGAAAGAGGUGAUUGAUGCCUUCAUAUCUGAGAAUGGCUGGGUGGAGGACUACUGAGCUGGUGGAGAUGGUGGGAGCUUGCCCUGCUCCAGCCCUGAACUGAGUGCCUCUCCUGCCUUAAUCCUACUGAUCAUAUUGUCCUACUACACCCCAUUCUCCAUAAUGAGGAACCAGCACUGGGUUCUUUGACAUGUUGUACUUGGUUAUCUUGCCACUCUCCGGGAGCAGUAUCUGCCAAUUCCACAUUGAGCUAUAGCCCUGAUUUAUUUUCUGCAAGUAGGCAUUGUUAUUUUGAGGCAAUUUCUUCGUUGACCUACUACCCUUUCCGUUCUUCAUCAGCUUGCAAUGCAUGAACUGAAGGUUUGGAAUUUGGCCACCAUCACUCACCUCUCUGACAGAUGGCUGGUUUUCUUGAGAUAUCACUUCUGAAUUCUGUGUAGGCAAAUAAAUGUUAAUUACUGCUCUAUGUAACAUACAAAGGCUCAAAUGGCGAUUUGUAAUAUCUGAAGAGAUAACUUAUAUUCAUUUUGAGAGGCCUGAUCCUGCAUGGAAGCUUCAAUAAGUCCAAAGUUCUAAACUGCAUCUUGGGUCUAGUCGCUGUGAGCAGAGGUUGGGUAUUAUAUUAUAAAUUUGACAUUCUGAAUGAAAAAACUGGUUUAUUAUUGAGGGAGUGUGUGUUCUUAUGCGCUCUCCUACCAUAGCACCUUACCUCAAAUUCGAAGCCUACUAUAUCUUUAGGUUUUCAUAUCCUGUAUUCAGUGUUUCAGAACAAAUAUGUGCAACUUCAUUUGAACCUUGUAAGAUUUUUCAUGCACUUUCAACCAACAUCAGCAUAAUGGAAACCUGGUCAGAACUUGUCUCCUAUGAGGACCUUACACUUGAAUGAAAAGAAAAACUGGAGAAUAUAUGGACCUCGCAAUACCAAAUGUUGGCACCUAAAUAGAGGUCACUGGUUGCUUUAGCUCUGAAUUUCAAACGGUCACUGCAUGGACCUUGCUUUUAGAAACUCACCGUGGCUCAUGAAAACUUUUUAAUAACUUGUUAUAUUUCCAAGGUAAUAUUAGUGAAUCCAUGGCUGUGCUUUCGAAACUCCUGCAAAGCUUGCAGCCUUUAGUCUGCUAUCCCAGAAAAUAGGCCAUUGAUGACUUUGGAUCUUUUAUGGUUUCGACCUAUUUCCCCCACCUGUGAUCUUGAUCUGCUUUAUCAAAUAUCUGAGGACUCUGAGUGUUGCUGGACUGUAAACUUUUCAAGGGAGUUAUUUUUCUUCCGAACGUGUGCUUUUUCUCUGUAUAUAUUCUGAUGUAAAUAUAUUCGCCCAGUGACCCCCAAUGGCAUCAAUUGAUUUCUCUCACUAUCUUGCACCCUGGGAGAUCAACCGCUGUGUGAAUGCAAGGUGUAGUCAUUAAAGACGUUUCGCUGUU